AUGGUAACUCCAAUAAUAAGUUUAGAAGUAAAUUCUCUCGUUAAUUACAAAGAAUUGAUGAGAGCUAUUAAUUUUAUCAAGCAACAGUUCUUCGACUCUCUCUCUAAUGAGCUUAACUUGAUUAGAGUAUAAGCCCCUCUUUUCAUUCCUGCAGGGUUUGAACCCUAUAGUGGAAUCUACACUGAGGGACAUUUCAUAAGAGCUUACGAACCUGAGCUUACUGCUACACACUCCUUGUACGUAACCCAGCUUGAGUGGGAAUAAACAAUCCUAAUAAAGGAUAGAAAUAUUGAAUAUCUCUAAAGUACUGUGAGAAAAAUCUUCACUAGUCUCAAAAAAGUAGAGGAAGAACUUGUCAAACGAUAUUCAGCUUAACUAUAAUGCUAAUUGCCUGAUUAAAUUCAAUUCAUACACUCAGAGGAACUAGAGGAAAGAUUCCCUAAGCUUACACCAAGAGAAAGGGAAAUUAGCAUCACUAAGGAGUUUGGUGCCGUAUUCAUCAUAGGUAUUGGCUAUCCUCUACCUAAGAGCGGCUAGCCUCAUGGCGAUAGAAAUCCAGACUAAGAUGACUGGUCUACUCAAAACUGCGAUAAUGGGUACCGAGGAUUAAAUGGAGAUAUUCUAGUUUGGGAUUCUACUUUAGAUACUGCACUAGAACUUUCAUCUAUGGGCAUAAGAGUAUGUCCUAAAUCGUUAGAAUUGCAAUCAAUUAUUCGAGGAAGCUGGGAGUACACUAAAUAAUUGGAUUAUCACAAGUCUAUUGUUGAUGAGAAAAUUGUAUAUUCAAUUGGAGGUGGUAUUGGGAUUGACAGAGUGCUUAUGUGGAUGUUGAGAAAAAGGCAUAUUGGAGAAAUUCAAGUGGGAAUAUGGCCCUAGGAGGAAUUGAAGGCUCACCCUGAAUAUCUUCAAUGA